GUAAACAGCAUCUCCCGGAAGCUGUACCGCUCCGCUGUCUCUGAAGUCUUGUGUUUCCUGUUUACGGGCGGGAAGAGCGAACGAACCUGAACCUUCGGUCUAUUUUGUGACUAUUACGACUUCUAUUCAGUUGCACAACUGUUUCAUUUGUGCUCUUUAAGGGAUCGCUAGUAAUUCUGUUUGUCCUUACUUACUUUCUUGGAAUUUGGAUAUACCUGUACAUUCAAUCGUUGCUGAAGUUUAAAGGGAUUUGGGGUGCAAAACAGAUGGAGGACCCUGCAGACUCUGGCGGCGGCACUGCAGUUUCAACGGGCCCCUCGAUGUUAGUGACGGAGAUCCGCUGUCCUGCAGGGGCCCGUCCUCUCCGGUUGUUGGAGUGGAAAGUUAAACCGGGAUCCCUUGUAAAUGUCGACUCUGUACUUGCGUUGUGUGCUCCUAUCCCAGUGGAGAAGGAGGCCGGAUCUGAACCACGGGAGCAGUCGAACAGGCUGCCGGAGAAGAAGGUGAAAUCGGACCGUGCCGGAGUAGUGAGAGAGCUGUGCUGUCAACUUGGACAGGUCAUCUCCCCAGGGGCGGUGCUCGCGCGAAUAGAAGAAUGCAGCCAUCCCAUCGUCAUGAAGGGACUGUGUGCCGAAUGUGGCCAGGACCUAACGCAGCUUCAGAACAAGAAUGGGAAGCAGCAGGUCCCUAUCUCCACGGCUACGGUCUCCAUGGUGCACAGUGUUCCGGAGCUAAUGGUCAGCUCGGAGCAAGCGGAGCAGUUGGGCAGGGAGGAUCAGCAGCGUCUGCACUGCAACAGGAAGCUGGUUCUGAUGGUGGACCUGGAUCAGACACUGAUCCAUACCACAGAACAGCACUGCCAACGCAUGUCUAACAAGGGAAUCUUCCAUUUCCAGCUGGGGCGCGGAGAGCCCAUGCUGCACACACGGCUCCGCCCGCACUGCAAGGACUUCCUGGAGAAGAUUGCCAAGCUGUACGAGCUGCACGUCUUUACCUUCGGCAGCCGGCUCUACGCGCACACCAUAGCAGGCUUCCUGGACCCAGAAAAGAAGCUCUUUUCUCACCGGAUUCUGUCCAGGGACGAGUGCAUUGAUCCGUACUCCAAAACAGGAAACUUGAGGAAUCUGUUUCCCUGUGGUGAUUCCAUGGUCUGCAUUAUUGACGAUCGGGAAGACGUGUGGAAAUUUGCACCCAACCUAAUCACGGUGAAAAAAUACACCUACUUCCAGGGCACGGGGGACAUCAAUGCCCCUCCUGGAUCCAGGGAAGCCCAAAUGGCAAAGAAAGCAGCGAAUCACGUAAACAGGACGGCGGAGAGCUCUGCGGCGGCGCCGGGGGCGACGCCGGCCAAGGACGGGGAGAAGGACGGGGAGGAGGACGGGGUGUCGGGGCAGGAGGAGCACAGCAACGGUCUCGGGGGUCAGGGGAAGGAGCGCAACGGCGGGCGGAGUGCGGGCGAGCCGGAGGAGCUGGCCGCCACGCCUCAGGGAAGGCCCAAUGAGCGGACUCACUCAGGCAGGGAGGGGGCGUCGGACAGUUCACAGGUAAACGACACGGCGAAUGUAAAGGAAGACGACGGCGGCAGCUCGGCGGCGGAGGCGCCCGCCAUGGCCGGUGCGGCCUCGGACAGGACUGCCAACGAACUGGACUUUGACCUCUCCAGUGACAGCGACAGCGAGCCGGUCCCAGGACACUCGUCCUCGUCAGACAGCGAGGGCGACGGGAAGGCCAAGGACCUUGACGGGGCGGAACCGGCCGUCGACGCGGAUAGAGGCGCGGCCGAAAAGCAGCCGGCUGCUGGGGAGGACACUUUGGGCGGGAUCCCCCUCGCCACCGAACAGGAAGGCCUCCGGGAGCUGGGCAACGGUUGCCCGGCCAAAAAGGAGGCGGAGACUGAAUCGCAGAACAGUGAGCAGUCGGGUUUGACCAUGGGGGAGGAGUCUCUGGACCAGAGUAUGGAGGAGGAGGAAGAGGAGGAGCCCGACUUGGACCAGGACGACCACUUGAUCUACCUCGAGGAGAUCCUGGCCCGCAUCCACAGGGAGUACUUUGCCAGGUAUGAUGACUUCCUGGCCAAGAAGAGCGUCGAGGUGCCUGACAUCAGGAAGAUUGUCCCUGAGCUCAAGAGCAAGUCCUUGGAAGGGACGACCAUUGUGUUCAGUGGCCUGUAUCCCACCAACUAUCCCAUGGAGAGGACACGGGAGUCCUACCAUGCCAAAGCCCUGGGAGCCAAGAUUGGCAAACAUCUCCUUCUUAGCCCCAAAGACCCAAACCGAACAACACACCUCAUCGCUGCACGAGCUGGCACAGAGAAAGUGCGGCAGGCCCAAGGCUGCAGACACCUGCAGGUGGUGAACCCCGACUGGCUGUGGGGCUGUCUGGAACGCUGGGAGAAAGUGGAGGAGCAGCUCUUUCCCCUUAAAGAGGACUACAUCAAAGCACCACGGAGCAACAGCCCGGCCACGUUUCCUGACGUCCAAGGGGCCUUUCAGACGCCGUUGUUCCACCCGAUGCCCAUCCACCCCAAAACGCUAGCAGCUCCGGAGGUGCGGACAUACGACCCCGUAACUGGGAAGCUGAUCCGAAGGGGGUCACAGCCUGGAGCGCGCCAGCCUGCCUACAUUCAGGCCCCCGGACCCCCUGUAGUGCUGCCCGUGCAUGGGGAGCAGUCAUCCUUCAGGGUGGUACAGCAGCAGGACGAGACCCCCGGCUCCAGUCGGGAUGAGGAACAGGCCGGCCCCUCGCGCAGGAAACGGCAGCCCAGCAUGUCGGAGACCAUGCCCCUCUACACCCUGUGCAAGGAGGACCUGGAGAGCAUGGACAGGGAGGUGGAUGACAUCCUCGGAGAAGAGAGCGACAAUGAGAGUGAAGGUGGAGGAAAAGAGGAGCGGUUGGAAGGGGAAGGGGAAGAAGAGGGCGAGGCGGAGGCUGGCCCCCAGGUUUCGGACGGAGAGCACAAGAAGGCCCUGGGAACGCUCACCGAGGAAAGGACGGCCACGCCCUCCAGCGACGAAGGCAGUCUGACCGGCAGUGUGCCCAGGGGUCACAAACGCAAGCUGGAGGAGACCAGGGAGGAAGGGGAGGGCGACUCGGCCAGCGACACCAGCAAGGAGUCCAACGAGGACGAGGAGGGCAGCAGCUCAGAGGCGGACGAAAUGGCCGCCGCCUUGGAGGCAGAGCUCAACGACUUCAUGUGACUCCUCGCAGAGACCAACAUUAAAGAACAUUCUGUCAAAACAAAACACUUUCACCCACACCGAGGUACCUGAGCAAAUGAAACAUUUGUGUGUGAGUGCGUGUGCGAGUCAGAGGUAUGAGAAAUAUUAUGUUUCCGGGUGGGUGAGGGUCAGGCUGGUCUGAGGUGUUAUUUGUGUAUAAACAUUUAUGAAGUUGUAGAAUAGAGAUUUUUAGAGUUAUGAAUCAGAACCACAGAGGUAAUGUUUUAUUGUGAAUUAAAAUAGUGCGGGGACUUUCCAGGUUUCUUUCAUUUUGAGUUAUUGUGUUUUGUUACAUUUUUUAUAUGUAAAUGAAAAAAAUAUAUAAAAAGAAAUAAUGAAAACAAUUGGUCAUAUAUGCCAAAGAGUUUAAAAGGCACAUCUGAGCCUGCAGCUAAAACACAUUUUACCUGUAAAAGCUUUUUUUUUUUUUUUUUUUUUUUUUUUAGGCUUUUAAACAGUGAAAGUGGGGGGUUAAUAUUGUUACCAGCAGUAUAGCCAAAUUGGCCUGAAUGUGUUGAUUAAGGCCAUUUCCCCCCCCUCCCCCCCCAUCCAGCCCGCCCACACACACACACACACAUAGACACACACACACUCAUAUAUAUAUACACACACACACACACACACACACACACGAUAUGUGCACUUCAAGGUGGCUUGUGCAUCAGGACUAGGUAUGAAAGUGAAUGAUGUCUAAUGUUAAAUUACAAUAGGGUAAUUACCUGGGGUAGGUCAGUUUUGGUCGCAGCCAAUCACGACCCCCGGUGCCCCAUUGAUUUGCACUCAGUCCAGCCCCAGUUGGUUUUAGACCAGACUGAAGGGUAAUCCUGGCCUCCUGUUGGCUUCUGCAGAGGAGAAGUGGGCAAAGCACUGUGCUACCCUACUGUACAGCAUUCAGUGUACCUGUAACUGUAGGCUACUGCUUUAGUGUACCCUCAGCCACUUAGUUUAAAGAAAAAAAAAAAAAGAAAAAAAAACUUGCGUUGUAUUAUGUUUGACUUCUCUCUUUCUGCUUGUUUUUUUGUGAUUUUUUUUUUAUGUUUAAUGAAAAGCCUGAUGUAAAGUUUUUGUAUAUUCUAUUUCAUACUUGACCAGACAAAAAGAUUCUUUGCAUCUAAUAAAGAUUUGUUUUUUCUUUUUUU